UUUCCUUCCUCAUAGAAAUGUUUAAAUUAAAUUUCUAUCCAGUCCACGAAAAAAUUAACAUGCGCGCGCCGCUUCAUCUGAGCAUCCGGGGUGUGGUCCUAGUGAUUCACCCGAGGCUUGGGCGUUGGAAAACAUUUUUAAUAUAAAAAAUAGAGAUUUUAGGACAUAAGCUCCCUCGUGAAAUUUAAAGAAAAUUAAUUUGACGACCAAUGUUUUUAAUAAAUUAAAAAUGUCUGGGGCCAUUUUCGCAGAUGCGUGUUUUGGUAUACAAUGUUCUACUUGUUAUUUUUUCACCUACCAAAAUUAAUAAGAACAUAAUCUAAAACAAGUAGCUAAAAACUUGAGCAAUUAUGUCAUUUCCUUUCUAGAACAUACCACAGUUUUAUUUUUUCAAUUUUUCCUGUUGUUAAGCGGUUCUUUAUCUGACCACAAAAUGUUGGAAGUUUUCUUUGUUACGAGUGCAUUACAUGUUACAGUAAUGAUUCGUAACAAUGCUGCCAGCCAAACCAACUUAUCAGCUUCGGGGUUUUUCGUUAUGCCUCUGACAGUAAUGAAUAAUAGUGCCAGCAUCCAAAUGACCUUAUCACAUUCGGGGAUAUUUGUGAUGCCUCUUACGGUUGUGAAUAACAAUGCAGCAAUUGAAACCAACUUGCCACCUUCAGGCAUGCUCGUUACCGAAAAUGGUUAUGUUGAAUAUGAUGUUGCUGAUGAGCCAAUGGAUGUAGAAAUCUCAUCACCUUUGAAGAUUAUGCCUACCACAGUUAUGAAUAACAAUGCUACUAUCAAAACCAACUUAUCACCUUCUGAGAUAUUUGUUAUGCCUGCCACAGUUAUGAAUAAAAAGGCUGGCAUCCAAACCAACUUAUCAUCUUCGGAGAUGCAUGUUACCAAAAAUACCUUUGAUGGUUAUGUGGAAUGUGAUGUUGCUGAGGAGCUUAUGGAAGUGGAUAACUCAUCACCUUCGACGAUUAUGCCUACCACAGUUAUGAAUAACAAUGUCGCCAUUCUAACCAACUACUUACCUUCGGAGCUGUUUGUUAUGCCUCCGACAGUUGUGUUAUGAAUAACAAUGCUGCCGGCCAAAUUAACUUAUCACCCGCGGGAAUGCUUGUUAUAGUGGACCAAUAGUGUUAUUUUGUAAGAUACAAUUAGGAAUAUUUAGGGUGUUACUAUGAUUUUUGGCUAAGUCGUCCAGAACAUUCCAUACACUGUGCGUGUCAUGUGACAUGAUUUUAUUGCGAAAAAUCAUUGACCGGUCAAUGUGAAUAUACCUUGUUUAAAUUCAUCUUUGUCAUGCACAGUGUAUGGAAUGUUCUGGACGAUUUAGGCAAGUGUCUACGGCGGCAUGCAAUGUCGCGUUUCGUGCAUGAUUUUGUAUAAUUCCUAUGUUCUUAAAUAAAUUAGGUACUGCCUUCAA